AGGCGCGGUGACCGCGUUGCCGUGGCUGAGUCUUCGGUCGCCCGCGUCGCUUCGCCUUUUCCACACCUGAGGCGGCUGCUCCGCGGUCCUCGGGUUUUUCUUCUAGCCGCUGCGGGCCGGGGGCCGGGGCCAUGUCCCGCAAGCAGGCGCCGAAGAGCCGGCCCGGCAGCGGCAGCCGGAAAGCCGAGGCCGAGCGCAAGCGGGACGAGCGGGCGGCGCGGCGGGCCCUGGCUAAAGAGCGGCGGAACAGACCGGAGUCCGGUGGCGGCGGCGGCUGCGAGGAGGAGUUCGUUAGCUUCGCCAACCAGCUGCAGGCCCUGGGGCUGAAGCUGCGGGAGGUGCCGGGGGACGGCAACUGCCUUUUCAGAGCUCUGGGUGAUCAAUUGGAGGGACACUCACGAAAUCAUCUCAAGCACCGACAAGAGACGGUGGAUUACAUGAUAAAGCAGCGGGAAGAUUUUGAACCCUUUGUAGAAGAUGACAUUCCUUUUGAGAAACAUGUGGCCAGUUUGGCAAAGCCUGGUACUUUUGCAGGCAAUGAUGCAAUUGUAGCUUUUGCAAGAAAUCAUCAACUGAAUGUGGUGAUUCAUCAACUCAAUGCCCCUUUGUGGCAGAUUCGUGGUACAGAUAAAAGCAAUGUGAGGGAGUUACACAUUGCGUAUCGGUAUGGAGAACAUUAUGACAGUGUUCGGAGGAUCAAUGACAACUCAGAAGCACCUGCACAUCUCCAGACUGAUUUUCAGAUGCUUCAUCAAGAUGAAUCAAAUAAAAGAGAAAAGAUCAAGACAAAGGGAGUGGACUUUGAAGAUGACCUGAGAGAUGAAGUAGAAGAUGCUGUCCAGAAAGUUUGUAAUGCAACUGGAUGUUCAGAUUUUAAUUUAAUAGUCCAGAACCUGGAAGCUGAAAAUUAUAAUAUUGAAUCUGCAAUAAUUGCCAUGCUUCAGAUGAACCAGGGGAAAAGAAAUAAUGUGGAGGAGAACCUUGAGUCCAGUGGCCAGGCGCUGAAGCAUUGUGGCCCUUUAUGGGAGGAGGAUGGCAGUGGCUCCAGAAUCUUUGGAAAUCAUGGCUUAAAUGAAAGCAGGACUGAAAACAAUAAGGCACAGGCCAGCCCUGAUGAAGAAAACAAGGCAAAUAAAAACCAGCUCCCAAAGGCCGCAAACAAGCAGAGGAGGGAGCAGCAGCGACUGGAGAAGAAGAAACGGCAGGAGGAGAGGCACCGGCAGAAAGCCCUCGAGAGCAGGAGUGGCCACAGGGACAACAACAGGCGUGAAGCGGAUGUGAAUACGCAGGUCACCUUGGUGAAGACCUUUGCUGCUCUCAACAUCUGACUCUGGCCUCCUGGGAGCUGUAAUGAGCUGAUGGAAAGUGGAAUGCUGUACACCACGCUUUCCAGUGAGGCCGUCCUUUUGAAAACUGAAACACAGCCAACAAAGUCCACAUAUAAACUUACACACUGAAUUAGUUUCCUCCAAGCUGCCUCUCUUUUUUUUUUUUUUUUUUUUAAGUUUCAUUAGUGAUGUGUUUUAUUUUAUGAAAGUGCAGCAAAGCCAUUCAUUUUCCAUAAUAAUUAGGUCAGGAAAACCUUUUUUUAUGUGUGGCUUUACUUGCCCUGAGAAUCAGAGUUCAGUGACUCUGGGAUCUUUCCUUAAUAGUUGGGGUGAGUUUUGCUGUAAUUGUUCAUGAAGUGGUUUAGAUUAAUUGUUAGAAAUUCAGAAUGACCAGUUUUCUUUGUUCCCUUUAACUUUCAAAUAGAUAUUAACAUACAGGGUAGUUUGUAAAUGAUCUCCAACUCAGGAACACAUUUAGAUUUAAUUUUUUUCUAAUCCAAGUUAUUCAGAAAAUAAUUCAGGAAAUGUUUUCCCAAAGUAAUGUGAUGCUGGGGCUGUGACCUAUAGUCAGGGUGGAAAUUAACAACUCCGUUUCUUCUCUUCCUGAUUCUGAUGUUAUUUCAGCUGGGUUGCAGGUGCUGUUAGUUUGUUUGCAUUCAAGCCAUAUGAUAAAUGCACCUGACUGUUCAUUAGGCCUGGGCCUUGGCAGGAAACGCCAUAGUGUUGUUGAGUUUUUGGUACCUAUUUCUUGGCAAUGUGAGGGUGGCCUGUUCCUGUUUAUUAUACACUUCUGGGAUUCUAGUCCAGAGUUUUAAAGUGAGGAAUCAAGGAGUUUCUGGGUUUUUGCCUAGGAAGAGUCUCAAGAGUUAUUUUCUUUUAUAGGGGGAGAAGGUCUAGAAGAAUGUCUGUAUUGUCAUGUUCACAUUUUACCUAAUUGUUUUCUUCCCUACUAUUCUAGACUUAGAAAGACACCAGAGAAACAAAGAUAACUUGACCUUUUCGGUUCUUAAAUUUUGCUAGUAUUUUGGAAGUGAACUCCUGUAAAAUGCUGCAUUUAUUUCUUUUUAUUUAAGCCCUGUUUAGGAUUUUGAUGUUGGAAAAGCUCUUCUGGCACCAUCCAGAAGUUGUCAGUGACUUAGGCUAGGCCAUCAGAGCAGAGAAGAUACUUGGAUAAAACUUUUGAAUGACUACACAGUUCUGAAAUUGGCAGACUUGGGCAGUUCAGAGAUGUCAUUCCUAAAACUUUGAGUUAGGUGGAUGUGAAUUUUAAAACUAAUGCAUGAGGUGGCCAACCUUGGAUAAUAUUUGCCCUUUGGGCACUUAAUAUUUAGGCAGAUAAUAUAUGCUGAGUCAGAAGUAAAUUAUUAGUUCUUUCCCCAUCCUCUCAAAUCUCAAAGUUACACAAAUUCCCAGGAGAAGGGAAAACUAUAUAAAACAAUUUUGACAUGUAUAGAAAUAUCAUUGUCUGGGCUGGCCCUGGAUUCAUUGAGUUGUCUUUAUUAGCAGGCUAUUUGCUAUCUUAGGUUUUAAUUAUGUAUUUUAAUUUUUUGUUUGCUUGAAUUUUGAAGACUUUUUAUGGUUGGAGCUUCAGUGGUCUCUUGGAAUUGCUCCCAGAACUUCUUCCUGGGUGUAGUACAUUGUAAUAUUUAGCAGAUUUUUAAAAACUGCACAGGUUACUAGAGUUUGAGGCUCUAGUAGUCAGUCCAGACAAGUGAAGGCUCUCUUUAGCCUUACUGUCUAUAAGGGAUUGGGAUCCAGUGCUUUAAGAUCUAUUAUUCCGUUGGCUUUCAACUCUGAGCAAGAUUCCUGACUGUGACAGAGCUUUUCUGAAUGAACAUUCCUCUCAGAAAGAUUGAGGUUGUAUACCAGAAAUUCAGCAGAAUUAUAUGUCAGAAUAUCUUAAGGGAGACUAAUUAUCAGAAGUUGUAGAAUUGCUUUUCUUAUGUGGUUAAUGAAGUUGGACUUGGUCCUAUUGGGCUUUAGAAGUUUUAGAAGCUUCUAAAAUGUUAUUAAAGAAUGUUGGGAAAAUUUAUUUAAAAAUUACCUAAUUCUGAUAAAAAGCCUCAGCAUUCCUGGGGUAAAAUAAGAGUAGUUUUAAAAACUAAUCAAAUGGUUUCAGUGAUUUUCGUUUACUACCAUUUCACAGCUUUCCAGUUAUAAUUGGUCUGUGUUUGGCUAAUAUGCUGAUUGUUGGGAGUUGGAUACAUGUGUCCAACUUUAGUGGUAUCUUCUAGCUAAUGGUGUGAAUUUAGAAUUCACUGCCUCAGUUUCACUGAAGUGUGUGAUAGAUGGACCCCCUAUUCUUAAUUGCCUUAAUGGACACUUGAGAAUUACGUUAUUAGCAGUCAAAAGGGAGGCCCAAUGUGCUUAGUCCUGGAUGACUGUUGCCAGUAACUGGGACCCUAGUAUAGUUACUCAGGUGAACUCUGUUGGCGGCCACAUCUCUCUCAACUUACGUUUGGGUGGUUAGAGAUUUAUGUUCAUGGGAUUGUCUCCUCAGCUUUCAGUGAGGCCAGGGAAAGAGGGCAGAACAGUGUCCUUAGCUGCUUUUUAGUCCUAUAAACUGUUAUAUGUGUUUUUUAAAAGAUUUUUUAAAGGUCAAAAUAAGAAAAAAUUUUAGUGGUAACAGUUUUGAACUAGAGAGCUAGAUGUAUUAAAACAACUUAGAAUCACAACUUCUAAAUAAUAUAUUUGCUGCCUGGAGACAUUAGAGAAUUAGGAUGUAUAGGUAUAUUUAAUUUUUCAAUAAUAUGAAUAUAUGCUUUCAGAAGCUAAGUCAGGUUGAGGAAUUGUGGCAGAAAGAAGAAUUUUAAAUAUUGGUUGAGUUUGUCUAUAAACUUUUAUAAGCUCUAAAAACAUUUCAAACCCAUUUUGAUUAUAGGGGCUCAUGAAGUGGGAUCUCCCUUGUGGGGCAGCUAGAGCUGGGCUUAGAGGGAACCUUUUUGUAGGUAAUUUAUAACACCCUGCCUUCCCCAGGGAACUUUUACAAUGUGAAAUGUAUGAUGUGGGUGGGAUGGGGCAGAGAUGAGGAGAGGGACAUAUUAAGUGGCAGAGAGAGUUACAUGUUAUGUAGGUAGACAGCAGGUGGACUUUGGCAUUGAACUGCACUUGCAGUGAGUCCCUGUAGUCAGGUUUCUUUCAUCCUGAGACACUCUCUAGACACUGCCUGGAUUUUACUGGAUCAACACAGGUUGCUCUCAGUUUACCUCUGUGAAACAUUCAACUCAAAUACUGUUGUUGGUUAAAGGAAACUUCAAUUCCUAGUCAGAGUUGACUGAAAGUCACACCGACCUAAAAGGUCUUUGCGGGCGGGAAGAGAAUGGAGCUUCUUAAUUUUAGUGUGUCACAUCUGUGGCCCUCUCUGACUCCCAUUUUGGCUCUUCACUUUUUUACCUCAAGGCUCUGCCUCUCUAUAUCAAACCUUUAGACUCAGAAUCUGAUGUAGGUUGUCUGUGUUUUGUCAUUCUCAUUUUUCACAGUUCCGUUCAUCUCAGCUUUCAGAGCAGGUGUUGGGAAAACUCUGGGGCCUUCCAUCAGUUGUUCUGAGGUGACUUACUAAUGGCGCUUUUUACAAGGUACUAUUUUCUGACUCGAAAGUAAAUUGUAUUUUUCCUUUGACAUUGUUGAACUGAAGCUCUUUCCACAUCUAGACACUUCUAAAAUAUAACAAAGAUGGCUAUUUAAAUUAUAGCAAAUCUUCUGUCAUCACAUAUUAGAAAGGGGAAAAUCAGUAAUUUCUUUGAAAGUGGAAAUACUGUUUAAUGUCACUCACAAAGUAUGUGUACGGUUGUGUGACUCAAAAUGUACACUACUGAGACUGGAGCCCCAGAAGGAGCUGUUCCUUGUGUACCACCUGGCCCUGUUCUUUCCCAAGGUGAAACCUCAGGCUCCCAACUAUUUCUUCUAAGGGAUUAUUUUCUAUAGUAUCUCUACUUAACUGUCCUAAUUAGGACUACUUUGUAGCUCACUUAAAAUGUUUAGCAUUCUUGCAAAGAUAAUUGAGAAUGGGCUUUUCCCAUUGUAAAGAGUAUAUUUCCAUAAAACAUGAACUUCUGCAUAGGGAUUUUAAGAGUAUACCUGAGAUGCAGAAUUUCUGCUUACUGUGCUGGUAGUUGUGGAGGGUGAUUGUCACUGGACACAACUGUGGUGUGCCUGUUGGCGUACGGCAGGUCACUGUUGCUAUCCGUUCAUGACAAUCAUUUGAGUACAGUUGCAGACGUCAGCCUGUUUUGGUCCCUUGACCAAAACUUGAGAAAUGCUACCAGUGGGCUUCGCACAUCUUUGUCCUCUUAGGUUUGUUUUCCAUGGCAGAAAGGGCCCUCGGUCUCCCUGGCUGCCACCCCAGCAUCCUUCACCAGCACUGAGCUCCGUGAAAGGGAAAGAGCCAGGAGUCAGACUUGAAACCUACUAUGCUCCUCUUUCUGCUGUGGAAGUGCUGCUGUUAUAGUCCCUUUAUUAAGAAGGGCCAGUGUGUCUGUAAAGAAGGAGCCUUCUCUUUUUUUCUGAUUGCACUAUACUUAUUCUAGCUUCAGUUUGGAGAUACUUAAGACCUCCAUGGGGUCAUGAUCCAUAGACUUAGCAAGUCUUGCCUUAUCUAUGGAGCUUGGUGGUGAGAAAUGUGAACAUUGUCUGAUGUCCAUAGUUGAUUUCCCCUAGUUUUUUUCUUUUCUUUUCAUGGAUUGUGUGAAUCUGUUUUGUUUUUUAUUUACCAAAGUACUGUAUUUGGCUAUUUGCAGUGUUUCUUUUUUUGUUUUUAAUCUUCAAUACUUGGUGCAAUAGAAGCUGCAAAUAUGUGCCACUUUAUCUAUGAA